UAAGUGAAGAAUGUGUGUACUUUGCCAACCCUGAUCAAGUGACACACGAUCACAUGAUGACAGGACUUGCUCGGAGCUACCGUAUGGAUGAGAGGGUUCCAAAUUUAGCCAGGGUGGACUUCAGGUGAAGCGGUUGCUGUCGUCACUGACAUGUAAAUAGACAUUUUUACUUUGAGCUCACUCCUCUCCCACUCUCCUCUCUGAGCUGGAGUGGAUAGUGUCUGAACUGAGCUAAACGCUCUUCACUGGCUUUAUUGGAGUGCUUCUGUUAAGGCUGUUUGUCACACAAAGAGAAACUAUUUAGAGAAAUGUAAGGUAAGCAACGCCAGCUAAGUGACUGCAGGCGGUCCAUAUAGCGGAUCUGGGAAGACUGAAGUUGGUGGGAGAGCUGCUGAGAGGAAUAGGUGGAGGUGGAGCACUGGCAUCAGUAACUUCAGCACUUCAGCAUACUUACUUCCAAGAGGCCCAGGCGAUUGCCCAGACGCUCGAAUGCAUUUAUCGCUGGAUACCAUGAAUAUGGUGGACGACAGCUGCCUCUCACCCAGCAAUUUCCACGAAAUGGGUAAAGGUGGGGGCGUUGCAGUGGGAGGCCGUGUCCACAGCAUUGAUGUCAUACUAGGUUUCAGCAAAGAACAGGACCCCUUACUAAGUCCGGCUACGGCCUCCGGACCCCACAAGGUGAACAUAGAUGGCCUGGCAGAGUCUGGGAAGCAGCAGGAUCACUCAUCACACCCGUCCUACAGCGGGCACCUUUCCUCUCUGAGAAUCAGCAGCACAGAGCAGCAGCAGCAGCAGCAGUACCAUGACACUGGCUUAUUUACAAAUAAAUGUGAUCAGGAACUGAGCGAGCUGAGGAAGAGUAUAGAGAGCGACGAAGGCAAGUCUCCAGAACCAAGCAAGGAUGAGCAACCCAAGAAGAAACACAGGCGCAACCGCACCACCUUCACCACCUACCAGCUGCAUGAGCUGGAGCGUGCCUUUGAGAAGUCCCAUUACCCAGAUGUGUACAGCCGUGAGGAGCUUGCUAUGAAGGUGAACCUCCCCGAAGUCCGAGUUCAGGUCUGGUUUCAGAACCGCAGAGCUAAAUGGCGUCGGCAAGAAAAAAUGGACGCCAGCACCAUGAAGCUCCACGAUUCACCCAUGCUGUCUUUUAACCGUCCUGGACCAGUUCACACCAGCAUGGGUCCAAUGACCAACUCCCUCCCCUUGGAACCCUGGCUGACCUCUCCCCUGUCCAGUGCUACACCAGUUCACAGCAUUCCAGGCUUCAUGGGUCCAGCUCAAGGCCUCCAACCCAGCUAUCCAAGCCACCAUUUCCUCAAUUCCACUCCUCAUGGUCCUCAUGGGUCUCAUGGGCCUCAUGGUCAUCAUGGGCCUCAUCCUCCUCAUCCACACCCUCACACUCAUCCCCAUCCAUCCAUGGGUCAGGGGAUGCAGAGUAUGGCCCCUCCUCCUUACCAGUGUCCAGCACCAUACCCUGAAAAGUACCCUUUGGAGGAUGUAGACCAGCGCAGCUCCAGUAUUGCUGCACUGAGGAUGAAAGCCAAGGAACAUAUCCAGUCUAUGGACAAGACCUGGCAACACAUGUGAUUAACAGACUUGGUGGUCCAUGUGAGUAAUGCUGGAAAAUGCAGAUGCUGAAAAAUUUUCUUGGGUUUCAAGGUAGCAGACAUGAAAAGAUGGCAGUGACUAGUCGAAUGCUAUGCCACUAAGUGAAAGAAGUGGAUUCUGAACUGUGAAUACUGAGGAUGUGAGAAACUUUGGAAGGACUUUGUUUUUUUUUACUUCUUCCUCUUGAAACACACAACUGAAACCUGCAGAGGGGUUAAAUGUUUUAUUUUAAACCUCCAAGUUUCAGCUAUUUGCUCUCUCUGUUUCUAGGUGUUUAUUGUUGCCUUGGGUUCUGUGAAAACUGUUGUCUUCUUGGUGACCACCAUUCUAAUACAACCAGCACCCCAGCAGCUAUGAUACAAAUUUCAGCAUACAAUUUAUGAUAAUGGGAUUUUUGAGUCACAAAAAAGCUCUUUUUCAUGCCUGAUCCUUUGCUCCAGCUCUUUGGGUGCGCACUCAAUGAAGACAUCCUGCAUUAUUAUUAUUUUCAUUAAAAAUUGCCAAAAUGUGGGAAUUCUUAUCUUUUUCAUCACUUUUCAUUUAACUAAAUCUGUCGAGUCAAGCAAAAUAACACUUCUGCCAUUCAUUCUUUACGUUCCCUUUUUUUUUUUUCUUCACCGAGUUUAUGUUUUCAUUAGUUAAUCCACCUGCCAAAUUUUCAUGAGUCGGCAGAGUUUUAGAGGACUUUGUGAAUGAAGGUUUGGUCUCCUUUUAAUGUGAAAUCAAAGCACAAAGACACAUUACAGUGUCUCUGCUCAUCUUAAUAAUCUGUUUAGUCAUAAAAGCUGCAUGACUGGUUUUCAUUUUAUGUCCACUUGUGGUAUGAUUUACUUUGCUACAGUUUAGAUACGUGAGUCCAUGUUUUAGAUACCUUGGUGUGACUGGAAGAAGAUGACCAGUGAGGAGAGGCAAAUCUCUUCCUUAAUAGAUCAUCGUUUGGUGGGAAAAGGGUCUCAAAGUGAGAGUUGCGAUUGCAUCUCGGCUGAGGCCGAGAACAUACCAAAAAUAAUUCUGCACAGAUAUAUUUUUCUGACUCGUGCUGACAUGCUUUAAAGAAGGGAGGAAACAGAAGAUAGACAGAGGAAAUAGGCAGGAACACAGGCUAGUCAGCGGAGUAACCCUCUUUUUGCUUGAGUGACUGUUGGAGGAGAAAACCUGUUGGCAGCUCAGUGUUGGGUGGCUGCGUGUACGUGCAGGGCAGCAGAAAGAACCCUGUGUGAUGCGUCACCCCACAUAGUUUAGUCUUUGUUUGACACAAUUGAUCCAAGUGUAUCCUCUUUGUCCGAAGCUGAAGAGGGAGAAACGGUCUCAGGCUGCACUAAAUAGGCCCUUGUAACCAUUUUGUUGUAGAAGAUUUUUUUUUCAAACAAGAAGAAACAUGGAUCGUCACUGUUUUGGUCAUUAAUGACACAUUAUUGGUCUUAUGCCAUCUGUUACAGGGUUAAGCCCUAAUUAUCUUAAAGUUGGAGCACAAUAUGCUUCACAUGGACAGCAGAGCUAAAUAAAUAAGACUGUGACAUUUUAAGUAAUUUGAAAUGUUUUUGCAUCUGCAGGUGCUAUCUCGCAAAACGCAAUCUUUGGAGGCAGAAAUGUAUUUUUAUUUUUUGACUUCUUAAUGGAAAAAGAGGGAGAGAAAAUAUGUCAUCUUAAAGUGCAAUUUCAGAAACCCUUUUUUUUUUGUAUUUAUAUAUAAAUGUGUUUUAACAAAAGGAGACUCAUUUUUGCAUAACUGCCCAGAUAUUAUACAGCCGCACUCCACUUCUUGUUAUAUCUGGUUAACUUUGAAAUUCACUCUUUUACUACUUAAAUGGGAGAAAUACUGUCACAGCCACUGUUCAUCAUCUGUUUUCAUGUAGUUUUACACAAUCCCAGGACCUCACACCCCACAGGAAACAAGAAUUAUCUUAUGCAAUAAGGUUAUUUGGGAUGCAGCAUAAAUGUUUUGGAUCAAGAAUAAGCCAAAGGUUAGAUAACAGACAACAUUGCACUAGUUUUAGUUAUUUUUAUUAUUGUGUGUGAAAAUGUGCAGAAACCUGUCUUACAUGCCCUAGUCAUGCCUGUCUUAGUGAUAUCAUUGUUAUAUUUCUUUUUGAUUUUGUCUGAAUUUUUGAUGUUCAUAUUCUGGAAAGAAUGGAG